AAUUCUCGCAACUUAGCACAGUCAUUCAUCUUCACAUUCCAUUAUCUUUGCUCUUUAGUCUUUACCAAGAACAUGGCUGAGAUUGGCUAUGGCAUCACAGUGAAGGUCCUGGAGCUGCUUGGAUCCCGUACUUUCCAAGAGAUCAGCUCGGCAUGGGGCUUCAAAGGUGAUCUGAAAAGGAUAGGGCGCAGAGUCUUAGCCAUUAAAGCCGUACUGUUUGAUGCUGAGGAGAAGCAAGUAAGUAACGAGAGGCUAAGGACUUGGCUAAGGGAGCUCAAAGAUGUCCUUAUUGAUGCCGAGAAUGUGCUGGAUGAAUUUCAGUAUCGAGUAUUGCAGAGGAUGUAAUGAAGAUAAACGGGAGCUCUCGCAAAAAGGUGCGAUUUUUCUUUUCUGGUUCUAAUCCACUUGUAUUCCGUUUUAAAAUGGCACAUAAAAUCAAGGGUAUUAGGGAGAGGUUAGAUGAUAUUUCAGCUCUUAAGGAUGAAUUCAAUCUUGCUGCACAACUUGAAGAUAGGAACUCAACAGUGAACAGGAGGGACAUGACGCACUCCUUUGUUCCUUCUCAGAAUGUCAUCGGUAGGAAUGAUGACAAAGAAAAGAUCAUGGAUCUUUUGAUGCAGCUAGAUGCUAGCAGAAAUGUCAGUGUAAUUCCUAUUGUUGGGAUUGGAGGUUUGGGGAAGACCACACUUGCCAAGUUGGUGUAUAACGAUGAACAGGUAGUUAGCCAUUUUCAACAAUUGAGGAUGUGGGUGUGUGUGUCUGAGGAUUUUGAUGUUACAAGGUUGAUAAAAGAAAUCCUUAAAUCUGCAAAAGUUCCAGUUGAUGAAAACUUGGGUAUUGAUCAAUGGCAAAAUAGCUUAAGAGGGCUUUUAAAAGAUAAGAAAUUUCUACUUGUCUUGGAUGAUGUUUGGAAUGAUGAUCGUAAUAAAUGGAUGGAAUUGGAAGAUUUGUUGCUUGGUGGUUGCAAUGGAAGUAAUAUUAUAGUGACAACACGAAACAGCUCGGUUGCUACUAUUAUGGGUACUGCUGCUCCAUACAAUCUUGAAGGUCUACCUGAAGAAAACUGUAUGUCUUUGUUUGUGAAAUUGGCAUUUAAGGAAAGAGAAGAAGAACAAUAUCCAAACCUCUUAAAUAUUGGAAGAGAAAUUGUCAAAAAAUGUAAAGGGGUUCCAUUAGCAGUGAGGACUUUAGCUGGCCCACUUUAUUCAAAAAUUGAUGAAAAUGAGUGGAUAUCUAUUAGAGAUAACGAGAUAUGGAAUUUAGAACAAAAGGAAGGUGGCAUCUUACCCGCAUUGAAGCUCAGUUACAAUCAAUUACCAUUUCACUUGAAGCAAUGUUUUGCAUAUUGUUCUGUUUUUCCAAAGGAUUAUGACUUCAAUAAUGUUCGAUUGAUUCAAUUUUGGUUGGCACAUGAAAUUCUUCAAUCACCUAAGGAUAAAAAUGUAGAGUUGGAAGAUGUUGGUGACUUGUAUAUCAAAGAGCUAUUGUCGAGAUCAUUCUUUCAAGAUUUUAGUCAAGAGGAAUUUGUGCCCGUAUAUACCUUUAAAAUGCAUGAUCUGAUCCAUGAUCUUGCACUCUUAAUUGCCAAAGGUGAGUGUUCGGUAGUGACCAAGAAGUCUACCCUUGCUGCAGAAGUUUGUCAUCUAUCAUUUUUGGAGAAUGGGCAAGAAGUUACAACACAAUUAGAGAAGUUGAGCAAAGUCCAGACUAUUAUUUUCAAAACAGAGCAACUUGCGUCCUUACUUGAAGCAUGUAUCGCAAGAUUUAAGUACUUACGGGUGCUUGAUCUGAGCAAUUCAUCCUUUGAGGUGUUGCCAAGUUCUAUUGGAAGUUUGAAACAUUUGAGAUAUCUCGACCUAUCAGGUAAUAACAUAAUCAAGCAACUUCCAGAUUCCAUUUGCAAGCUACACAAUUUGCAAACUUUGGUGCUCGAUAAUUGCAGCAAUCUUGAACGGUUGCCCAAAGGUAUAAGGGACAUAAUCAGCCUCAGGGUUUUGAGUGUUACAACAAAACAUACCUGCUUGUUGGAGAAGGCAAUAGGUUGCCUGGAUUCUCUUCGACAUUUGUUGAUAAUUGGCUGUGAGAAUCUAAAAUGUGUGUUUGAAGGGAUGGAGGAGGGGCGCCUCACCAAUCUUCGAACAUUGGUUGUUGCAGAAUGUCCAAGUUUGACCACUUUGUCACUUAGUAUCAAACACCUAACUACCCUCGAGACCCUGUAUAUUGGGGAUUGUGAAGAGCUUAGUUUGACGGAUAAAGAAGAGAAUCAAGAUCUCAAGUUAAGCCUCCGAUUGUUGAUGAUUGAGAAGUUACCUAAGUUGGAGGUUUUGCCCCAGUGGCUCCAAGCAUCUGCCAACACUUUACAGCACCUAGUGAUUGAAGAUUGUUGUAAUUUCACCGCUUUGCCUGAGUGGCUACCACAUCUGAAAUCACUUCAGACACUUAGAAUUAAAGAUUGCUUUGAGUUCUCAUCUCUCCCAGAGGGGAUGCAAGAUCUCACUACACUAAGAGAAAUUCAGAUUCGGAAUUGUGAAAAGCUUAGUUUGACGGAUAACGAAGAGAAUCAAAAUCUCAAGUUAAGCCUCCGAUUGUUGAUGAUUGAGAAGUUACCUAAGUUGGAGGUUUUGCCCCAGUGGCUCCAAGCAUCUGCCAACACUUUACAGCACCUAGAGAUUGGAAAUUGUUGUAAUUUCACCGCCUUGCCUGAGUGGCUGUCACACUUGAAAUCACUUCAAACACUUAUAAUUGUAAAUUGCCCUGUGCUCUCAUCUCUCCCGGAGGGGAUGCAAGAUCUCACUGCACUAAGAGAAUUUGAGAUUUGGAGAUGUCCUAAGUUGAGUAGAAAGUGCAGAGAAGAAGUUAGGCACAAGAUUGCUCAUGUACCAAAAAUUUAUUUCGAUGAGUAUUUCAAUGAGGAUAUUGGAAGUUCAUAAAAGAGAGAUGACGACAUCAGCGUAUAUUUACAAGGAGAAGAUAUUAGGAGUCCAACACAAGUCACAAUCAAUAGAGCCUAAAUGUUGCUCAAUUCAAAGUCACAUGUUCCUUCUGUAAUUUAUAGGAUUAGCAUUGAAGCCCAAAUUAGAACAAUUGAAGUUUCCCUACGAAUGACUAUGGGAGAAAAAGUAAAGUUGCAUGAGUUGAGGAGAUUUAUUUUUUAUAGAAUAUUUAGGUUUAUUUAUCAAAUACAAUGAUGAGGUCAAUUUGAAUGUAAAUGUGGGAGGAUAGGGAGACUUUUUUUCCCCCUGAAGUUUAACUCUCCAAACUCUCUUGUUAAUUUUAUGAAUUUUUUAAUUUUUUUGAGCUAUUCUUUAUAUCAUCAUAAUAGAGGGAAAAGAUUGUAUCAUGUAUGAUUUUUUUUUUGAGCUCUUUUUUAUCAUGGUAGAGGGAAAGGAGAUGUUGAUUGUAAACUACUAUAAUAGAAAGGAAGUGCAAAAAUGUUGGUGAACCUCUUUAACGUUA